CAAGAAGACCACGUACCCUGGUUAGUAGUGAGCGGCGGCGGCGGCCAUCUUGAAGACCUCCUCCCCGGGACCGGGAGCGCGAAUGCGGAACGACCACUGUAGCCCACAUGGCUACCAAGAUUGCCGGGCCACACGCGGACACUGAGCGCGCGAGGAUCUUCGUCGGUGGGACCAACAGCGACCGCGAUGGACGCCAGCGACACCAGUCCGGACGACCGACGGGCAGGCAGCAGCAACCGGGCAACAGGUCGCCGUCGGUUCUCCCUGCUCCCGCUGCGACGGGACGCGCUACCACCAGCCAGGAGUCGCUGCGAUCGGCCACCAACGAAGCAAGCCGAGGAGCGGACGGCGAACGCGGCUUCCGGCACAUGUUCGACAGCUGCGCCCACUGCGACUGGAUCUGGAAAGGCGACGCCUGCGACAUCUUCUACAGGGAACUUGCGUGACCCCACCGCGGCCGCCGCCGCCGCCGCUGCAGCCGAGUCCCAGACGGAGAGCAUCACGUACGAGCUGGCCUCGCGUCCGGACCCGGGCCUGUUCGCGCGCUUCUUCGGCGAGAAGGGCUACCAGAGGGGACGGCGCGCCGCGCACGACGACCAGCCCGCGGCGGCCGCGUCCCGGGACCCUACGUCGCCGACCCGAGGCACGUGGGCGUCGGACGCCGACUGGAGGGCCCAGAUCUCCAACCUCGCCACGCACGAGAAGAAGUCCCGGAAGUCGGCCAAGCUGCUGCUGGCGCAGCAGGCGCUCAACCGCCUGAGGCACUGGACAUCCGGCCACCACCACCACCACCACCACGCGAUGACCACGGGUCCCAACGGAGGAUCCCCGGUCAGGCAAGACCUCAUGGACGACGCCAAGUCGGCCGAGGAGGCCAAGACGCUCCUGCGCAGGCCCCGCGCAGAAGACUGUCCAGAGGCCUACUCGGAGGACAUGUCCACGGUCGCCAGCGGGGGCGUCGGCUGCGUCGCCGGCGCCAAGACGUCAUCGUCGGCCGGCGACCUGCUGCUCGGGCUGGGUCCGACGCACUUCAAGGGCAUCUCGCGCAGGGUCCAGUCCAGCACCGCCGUGGCGGUCAAGACGCAGGACGCUGGAUACGCGAGGGCAUCCGGCGACUUCUGCUGUCCCGCGGCGGCCAAUGGCGUCUUCGCACCGGAAGUCCGCGCCAUCAGCGCCGCCUCGUCCGAGGAGGCCUGGUCGACGACGACGACGAGCAAGAAGGGAGGCCACUACUUCGCCUCCAGCCAGAGGUCCAUCGACGGUUUCUUCAAGCGCCUCGUCCGAAAAAAGUGACCCUCGCCGAGCAGCUCUCUCUGUCCCUCUGUCUUCCCCGACUGUCCUUUUUCCCGUCUGUUUUUUUGUGGCUUCUCCCGACUGACUGUCCGUAUUCUGAGAACUUUUUUUUCUUCUAAUUUUCUUUUCACUCUCGCGCGAGGGCUUGUGAAGGCGAGCGCCGCAAAAUGAUCCUUGUAGUUACGUUGAAACGACUCGUUCCUUGUUCUUGUCCGCGAUGCAUACGCAUGACCGGUAUUACCGGUCGGUCAUUUUUCGGGGAUAUGCUUUCACAACUGCGUGGACGUGUAACCUCCGACGCGACACGGUAAUGACGCACAGGAAGCGGGUAAAGGAAGGGAAAUGCGUACACUGAAUGAGACAUCCCGUAAAAUGCGGUUUUCUGAGAAUGCAGCCGACAGACAUUGUGGAAAUUAAGAUCUGUUCAGGAGGGUGGGAGCAAGGAGACCACAGGCUUAGACCCAUCGGCUUCACGCAUGAUUGGAGAACUGAGGAGUGAGAAAAGAAUGACUGCAACUGCCCUAUGUGCCUUUUUUUUUCAUGGGCGCCGCCAUAUUGCGUAGGCAGUGGCGCCAUCUAUAGGCAGUCGGCGUGCUGGCUUUCUGUGGCUGGCUUGGGCUUGCUCUCCAUGCUGUAAGCCAGUUAGACGCUCGGCGAGAGUUUCUGGGGGCUGUUUCGCACUAGCGCGGUCUAUUUAGUUGAUAGCUUUAGG